AUGACUGUGGACGCUGAACCGCACGGCGCUGAACGUGCUGCUCUGCGAGCAGAUGACUCGGAUGUGGAUAUGCAAUCUACACCAAGUGAUGACGACGUGGACAUGGCCCGUCAAAUGGAAACAGGUUUCAAGCGUGCUGACCGUACUCUGUCGUCCUUUACGGACGAAAAUCCCUAUGCAGCUCUUGAAGUUGUGGACUGUGAGUUUGAAGCUUUUGAGCCAAAUACUACGUCGGAUUGGACUGCUGGUGUAUUGAUGGUGCCUCAUCUUACCUCGACGGGAACCACGCAAGAUGCUAGUGAACCCCUUCCAACCAAGCGUCGCGCGAAGACCCCAGGGGCCAACAAACUGGUGGCUGAAGAAGGUGUUUUAGUGUCAGCCGAAGAAGCGGAGCUGGAAUCGCAUGAGGAUCGUGUGGUCCAAAACACGCAACAUUUGAAACCCGUUGAGAAGCUGCUGCAGACUUCCAAAAACAUGGACAAAGUUGUCGAAUCUAUUACGGCGAUGCCAACUGCAUGGUCUACGGCUUUCUGCACUGAUCUCGCAAAUGGUGGUGACAAUUUGGAGGAACUGGCGUCGAUCCACUUGUUGAACCGCAUUCUCGCAGCAAAUGGAAUGUUGGGCACGUUUAACAAACGUGCGAUCAGCUCCCACUUGCCCCUCGGGAAAACUCGGAGCUCCUACGUCAGCUACUUAGCCGCGGAACUGAAACGACAAAGUGCUGAAGCAAAAAACCAGUGGGGGAUUCUGCGCCUGCUUAGCGCCUUUGAAUUGCUACUGAAAGCUACGUGUCCCUUUCUGACUGGAUCCAGUGAAUGGGUAGAUUAUCUCUUCGGAGAACACGAUGCAGACACGUCGUGCGGACAUGGUUCUCUUUUCUCGGAUUCGAUACUUCUCCAGUUGCUGCGCUCUCACCUAGGAACCCAGCUACUGACAGCGCUGCUGCAGAAAUUACCAACAAGCACACUUCUGGUGGACCUCCACUCGCUAUGCUGCAGUGACUUACAAGUGCAAGAGCUCCCGAGUGUUCCCCUUGACAGUCUGUCGUCGGCGUUUGAGGCGGCAUUGAUUAAUUAA